GGCUCCGUCGGCCGUCUUCCCGAGGAUGCUGCGGCUGCGCUGGCGUGCCGUCCUCCCCCCACUCCCACUCCCUCCGCUGCCUGGCUUGCUUCGCCGCCUGCCUCCGCACCGGCGCGCCCUCUCGUCCUCUUCCGGCUCUAUCCCGCUUCCACCGCCGGUGAUGGAGGCUUCCUACAAGUUUGGGCCCUACAAAAUCGACGCCAGGGAGGUCUUCCACGCCACGCCCCUCUCCUACGCCAUGGUGAAUCUCCGCCCGCUGCUCCCGGGUCAUGUUCUUGUGUGCCCCAAGCGUGAAGUGAAAAGAUUCGCCGAUCUAAGUUCUGAUGAGAUUAGUGACUUAUGGGUUACUGCAAAGGAAGUUGGUGCACGUCUUGAGCAGUACCACAAAGCAUCUUCACUUACCUUUGCUAUCCAGGAUGGUCCUCAAGCUGGCCAAACAGUUGCACAUGUCCACAUCCACCUCAUCCCAAGGAAGAAAGGGGAUUUUGAGAAAAAUGAUGAAAUAUAUGAUGCGAUUGAUGUGAAGGAGAAAGAAUUGAAGGAGAAGCUUGACCUGGACAUCGAGAGGAAAGAUAGGAGCAUGGAAGAGAUGGCUAAUGAGGCCAAUGAGUACCGUGCUCUUUUUAGUUAGUUUCUAAGCUGAGCUGACUGUUUGCUAGAAAUAAGGUUUGCUACCUGUUCUUCAUUGUUGCAGUUCAGUUAUGGUUGCGCACUGACAUUGUGAUGAUGUCCCGUUCUGUACCGUGGAGAAUUAAUAAUUUGUUGCAAGGAAUGCAUUCUUAGUGACAAACCUUUUAGAUUUGCAACCA